AUGAUUCGCUACGAUGGUGCUUCGACCUGGCCGCCGACGGCAAACCACAAUCAUGAUGACUGGUCAGUGGCUUUACGGGGAUACAAGCUGAUCUAUUUUGAGCGGGCGUCGCUACUGCCAAGAUCCACGCCAUCGCUAGACGAUGGCGCAAACCGCAUGGCGAUCUGCAAAUUCCGCGAGCUGUUCCGCGAUCUCCUGCGGCAGCAUCUCGAUGCCGAUGCUGUUUACGAUCUGAUUAAAAAAGCUGAAAACGAAAAGGGGACAAUCUCCCGCGAAAUCAAUAACGUAUUGUACAGUUGCAUGGCAUGGUGCCGCCACGCUUACAGAUGGGGUGUUUUCCCAAUUGUCAAAGUAGCACAAGAGGAAGAACUUAUCGACUUGCCUCCCGAACUUGUAAAACCAUGGGAACAUCUUCAGGAAUACUUUGGCAGCACCUCUCAGAGCGGCAAUGUGAUGAGCAGCCCCAUUCUCAACUUUGACGAUGGAGGCCAGCACGUCUUCAAAGCCAACUAUGGCCUGUCGGAAAAGAUUGUAUCCUCGGAAGAGGAGCUUGCCCGCAUUUUUCGCGAUGUCGAGGAAUCCGCCCUUCUCAUCUAUCAGGACAUGAUUCGCGCGUUGGUAGCAUUCGACACUGGGAGAAAAGCCGCUUGUAUCGACCAUCUGAACCGUAUCCAAAUUCAUCUACGGUCCGCUUUGAGUGUCUACUACGACAGGCUACACGAUCAAAAAGUUGCUCGCUCUGUGUGGGUUUCCCACGUCCAAGGCUUUCUGGGCUGGGCAGCAGUGUACCAACAUGAACAGACGGGCGAGAUUGUCAAGUUCGACGGUCUCAGCGGAAACCAGAUGUUGCUCUUCCGGGCGCUGGAUGCCUUUCUCGGCAUGGAUUCCUAG